CGAAAUAAUCAAUUUACAGUGAAAGUUAGCGUCUCGUUUUUGUUUUAUCAUUUUCAUUAUACAAGAAACACUCGAAAUUGUUAUUAUAUAGUGUGAAAUAAAAAAAAUACUUAAUGCUGUAGUGUUUUUAAAGUUUGAUCGUAAAGAUAUAAGGAUAAAAAUAUUUAUAUCGAACAAGUGUUCGUAGUUACGAGUUUGUUGCAAUGGUACGAGGUGCCGGUCGCGGAGGCAGAGGGAUGCCAGGUCGAGGUGGAAUGGGCCGUCCACCUUUCAGUAGACCUCGUGUAUUAAUGCUAAGACCCCCUUUUGACCUAAUUCUCGCAGAACCCGCCUUUCCUAGAUGCAAACCUGCACCAGACGAUUCCGCUUUGACACAGGCACUUCUCAAAAGACAUACAGAGCUAUGCCCGACACCAACGGAACAGGCCGCUGUGCUGAGUCUCAUCACAAAACUGCAGACUGUACUUGACAACUUGGUUGUGGCACCGGGAGACUUUGCAGCUUGUCAAUUGGAAGAAGUACGUCAAGUCGGCUCAUAUAAGAAAGGCACUAUGAUGGCAGGAAAGAACGUAGCAGAUAUAGUUGUAAUUAUGAAGACUUUACCCACUAAGGAGGCUGUGGAGGGUCUUUCAAAUAAGGUGAACGAGGAGCUGAACAAGCUGAUGCGUGCUGAGGGCCUGUCGCCGGUCACGUGUGCGAGCCACGAGCGCGGGUUCACGGUGACGGCGGCGGCCGCAGUGCGCGUUUUGGUCACCACAUUGCAUCAGAACCUGCGCAAGCUGGAGCCGGAGGUGCAUUUGGACUACAAAGUGAUCAGCAGUCACCUCGCAGCCAUCAGACACAGCCGUUGGUUCGAAGAGAAUGCUCACCAUUCUUCUAUUAAGGUAUUGAUCCGUCUCCUUCGCGACAUGUGCGCGCGUCACGCCGGCCUCGAACCCCUGACCCCCUGGAUGAUAGACCUGCUCGCACACCACUGCAUCAUGAACAAUCCAGCGAGGCAAGCGCUGCCUAUCAAUGUGGCUUUCAGGCGAGCGCUGUCGCUGCUGGCCGGGGGGCUGUUCCUGCCGGGCUGCGCGGGGCUGCCGGACCCCUGCGAGGCGGCGCACUCGCGCGCCCACACCGCGCUGGACCUCGUGGCGCAGGACCACGCCGCCGCCACCGCGCAGACACUGCUGCGCGUGGUCGCUCGCGGAGGUCACCGCUACGUGCUGGGACUGCAGGCCUUCGAGGGCGGCAAGGACAUCUCCACUGAGAUCACGGUGUGGGACGGCGUCGUGGUCUCCCCGCUGGCGCCCGCCUACAGCGACACGCCGGAGCCCAUGGACACCGACGACAAAGAUGAGGAAGGAACGCAAGAUGGUGUAGCCGCAUAGUUUUAGUUCAUAAGGACACAUAUUAUUAAAAAAACCUUUAAUAAAUUUAUAAUUUAAGUA